AUGGGGUUCAAGACUUUCCUCGCCCGCGUCUCAACCUCCUUCACCAGCAAAUCCAAGACAACAGAUUCCAAAAAUACUGGCUUGGAGCACCAGCCGCUGGUUCCCGCUUACUCCGAGGUUUCGUCCCUGCAUCCCUCUCCGGUCGUCCCGAGUUCUGCAAAUUUGCUCGACGCCCAUCACAACAAUUUCCUCGCCGACGUGGACGUCCACGUCCGUUUAGUUUUCGACCAGACGGGUGACAUGACGCUGUGCUCUGUUGAGUCGCUCAAAGUUGGCAAGGCGGCCAAGCUCGUGGAUAGCGAGUCUGGCAGCUCGUCCGUUUCCGAAUCGGCUUUUUCCACCCUCUUCGAUACAGCUUCACUCCGGAAGGACAAUCACAAUUAUGAAUUUGUUCUGCCAUCGAACGAUUCGUCCUACGGGCGCACACUUACCCCAAAGCUCCUCCUCCCACCACAGCCAGACCUUUUCCCCGUCCCCGCGCCGAUUUCCGACCACGUCUCUAGCCUCGUACUGGAUAAACCGCUCCCCCCGCUCCCCGUUUGCCCCUCCCCCUCGCUCGCAGACCCUCCAAAUCCCAUCGGUCGCCGACUGCACGUGAAGCAAUUCAAGCCGCUGCGCGUGCUCGGCAAGGGCGGACAGGGCACUGUUGCCCUCGUCGAGGACCGCGUCAGCGGUUCCUUCCUCGGCAUGAAAAUCGUGCGCAAGGCCGCUGUGCGCACAAAAUCGUACCCGCGGCUGUUUGACGAGCAGCGCAUCAUGCGCGCUCUGGCGGGCGAGCCGUGGGUCCUCCCUCUCCUCGCGUCGUUUGAUGAUCGUGAUCAUUUCUUUAUUCUGACGAAGUACUGCCCUCAGGGCGAUCUGUGGUCGAAGAUCAAGAACCAGAGGGGCCUGUGCCCGUCGGAUGCCCUCCGCUACGGGGCCGAACUGGUCCAUGCAAUCGGUCUACUUCACAGCCGCCGUAUCAUCCACCGCGAUAUCAAGCCUGAGAAUAUCCUGCUGGACGGCGGUCACAUCGUCCUCGCCGAUUUCGGGAUCUCGAAGGCGUUCGGGCGGCCCAUAAGCGAGACCCCGUGGAAGAUGUGCCCAGAGUGGAGUGGCAACGUACCUUCCGUCCCCAGUGCUGGUAAUGAGACCGGCGAGGGCAACAGUCUGGCUGGUGACGAGGAGGAAGAGGACGUGACUCAAAAAUUCUGCGGCACCCCCGGGUUCAUGGCUCCCGAGAUGAACGAGGGCGAAUACUCCUAUGAGGCGGACAUCUAUGCCGCCGGCGUCGUCCUGUAUGUGAUGCUCAUGGGCAGGCUACCGUUUGGCCUGAACCCCCGCAAGCAAACGCUGGCCGAGCAAUUUCGGCACAUCACUGAGCUACCGGUUGACUUCGAUGUCGAUGGGGACAUCAGUCCCGACGGCCAAGAUCUGUUGGAGCGGAUGCUCGAAAAAGAUCCGCGCCGCCGCGCGACGAUCCCAGAGAUCAAAGAGCAUCCAUACUUUGCGUCGAUCGAUUGGCCCGCUCUUGAACGUAGAGAGCCCGUACGCUCGGACUCUGGAUGUGCGCACCAUGCGCACCCCCGCAAGCAACAGCGGACCGUCGAUAUCGAGCGCUUGGCGCGGGACAACUCACUCUCUCAACCCACCAAGUCGGCCUUCCCGUGGUUCCAAUGGCUAUCGCCGCAGCUCGAGCACUUCGGUGGCGACUCUGAUAUUUCUCGCGACCUAUCACAUUCGAAUCCGUUCAUCGACGAUUUGUUGCAAUGUGGGAAAGAGGAAACGGCAUCUGCGAACAUUGUCACGGGAGAGGCUAAGCCGGGUGCGGGCGAGAAACUGGGGCGAUUGUCCACGCUCGUUAGCGGGCGCACUGACGCAGCUACGCCGAACGUAGUGCAACGGGUCAAACGGUGGUGGAAGCGGCGCGGCUUGGUUUCCGUGAGGCCACGGGUGGUCUCGGGCAGGAUGGACAUGCUGGAGUGA